AUGAAACUUUUAAUCGCUAUAUUGUCAUCGAUCCUGCUUACUUGUUCAGUUACUGUUGCCAACCCAACUAUUCCCACUGCAACUACAAGUACCGAAUACAGCACUUCAACAGUUCUUCCCAGCGCAACUACAGAUGCUGCUUCUAGUCCUUUGGCCAGUUCUGUUGCACCUUCAAAUAAAGCUAAAGCUUUGCUCAAAAGCUACAUUCAAACCCAACAAACUCAUGAUGAAGCAAAGAGAAAACAUGCCUUGUUAGAAACCAGAUAUGGUGUUGAAAUUGAUCUUAUAACUGAGCUGGAGGAAAUACUCGAGGAUUUCGAAAGAAAGUAUCGGAAAAGCAAGCAAGGUUCAAAUCACAACAACAAACUUUUGAAAGCCAGAUUUGAUUGUGAAUUCCAAUCUUCCAAACUCAUUGGGCUUACAAGAGAGCUUUCAGAAUCUGAGUACGGUAUUGCUGAAUUGUCUUGGAAAUUAUAUCUUAUUGCAAAAGAACUUGUGGCAUUAGUUUUUGGAGAAAUUCUGGACAAAUGCCUGAUUAAUGAGCGUAUGAGUUAUAUACUAUCAAGUCCAAUUGUUGUGAAACAGAUUGCCAAAGUGUAUGAUGAUUUACCACAAAAUCCUCAACAUUCCAAUCCAUCCUCAUCAUAUGAAGAAGCAACAAGUUCUGGAACUUGUCCCAGGCCACAGAGAGCUUCUUCCAGGAUUAAAACUAAGUCGUUUGGAUGUUACAACAGCUCUGUUCCAAACAAUCAGUCCAUGAUUAAAAAUGACUUGCACAACUGA